AUGAAUGAUCCAAAACAUUUUCAUAAGCUUUAGGAAUAGUUUCUCCAAGACUAUUCGAAGAGACUAGAGUCACAAAGUCAAUACAUCUUAUUUACUUGUUUCCACUAACCUUCACCACACAAAGAAGACUUGAUUUUAAUGCUUGAGCAGUAGUUUUAUCCUUAGGAUUAAAAGGUUUACGACUUGAAGUUGGAUGAAACUGAUCAUAAAGACAACGAAUCUUUUCUUUCAGAUCAUGAUGAAGUAUAGCCAGAGAAAUAAACUAAGGAAAUGUCGUUUAUGGGAACUAACUAGAAUUAGAUGAUGAGAAGAACCUCUCAUAAGGAGGAUGAAUCAGAAUUGUCAUCAUUUAACGAUAGUGCACUCGAUCCUAGCAUAAAUAGGGAAAAGAAGAUAGAUUUUCUGGAAGAAAUGGAAGAACUAGACAAUCAUCAUGAACGAAUGAACUAUGUGAGUAAUACUAAGUUAUCCUAUCAGCAUUAGUUUAUGAAAUUUAAGCCCAAAGAGGUUGAUCAAGUUUUGUCAAAAGUAAGCAAGAAGAGAUUAGAAUUUAGAGAAAGUCUUAAGAAUUAAUACAAGAGAAUGUAGAUUUUAAACAGCAAGCAGAUUAGUAAUGUGCUCUAGACCUCUAAAAAUGACGAUAGCACUCCAAAUCAAUUAUUGGAAAGUUAAGUAACUUUGAAGAAGACCAUUAUUAACAUGGAAGAAAAGUAAUCAGUUUAUUUGAUUUCUCUUUGGAGACUUAACUAGGGAAAACUUCCAAUAAUGUUUACCAAUGUGGAAAUUACUUCAAAAAACCAAUUUUCUAUAUUUGAUAAUGCAUUAUUCUACAGCCAUGAUGGUCACUAUGUAUUUUUCCUUGUCGAAAAUUUAAAUGGUAUUAUUGAAAAGCUAGUAAUACUCAACUCACUAGAUUUAUCUAUGCCUGAGCAAAAUGAAUUUGAUCUGACUCAAUUCUAAAUAAAGAGUGAAGAUAUCUCUGACUACCCAUCACUUAUAUGGGGGCAUAAAGACUCACUUAAUUUAGAUUAUGCCAGAUAAACAAGUAGAAUGACCACUGAAAUAUUUAGUUUCUCUUCCUAAUAUCACCUCUAUCUAUAACACAAUGGAUUCGCUAACUUUUAUACAAGCUUUAGUCUAAAAGAUAUUUAGCCAUUGCUAAGAGCCCCAAUGCUUAAGAAAAAUGGGGAUCUGAAAAAAAUGACUCUAGUAGUGAAGAAAAAUCAUAUUCAAGAUCCCUACAAUUCAUCAAUCAAAAUAUAUAAGCUAACUUUUGAUAGUGCAAGAUCAAAGAUAGCUAUUACUGGAGCUCUGACAUUUACUGAUGAAACAUAUUAUGAGCAAACAAUUAGUCACGAUGAUUUAGGCUCCUAGAUUAUUGAAGCUUUUUCUACAAAAAAUUCUUAGUAAAUAUUAAUAGUAGCAGAUCAUUUUUCAAAUGAUGAUGGAGCAAGUACUAAUAACGUAAAUGAAUAAGAAACUAGAAAAGCACUUUUGUUUCUAGAGUUUUAUGAGGGAGAAUAAUAAAUAAAGAGAUAAGAAAAUUAUUUUGAAAAAUUUAACAAUCGCGAUGAUUCUAUUGCUGAAGAGUAGUCAAUAGAAAAUAUGAACAUAAAAUAAAAUAAACAGCAUUAAUAUUCUGACCCCUCAUCAAUCUGGACAUUUCGUGAGCCAUAAAUUUCCAAAAAUAUGUAACUAAUAGAGGAUAUCACUGUUCUAUUAUUUAAUGAGUAAUAAUAGACUACAGUUGCAAUCAAAGCCUCAGAUAUUAUUAGCAAAGGUUAAGAGAUUUUUCCAAAAAAAGUUAUUGAAAUAAAUAUAUUGCCUUAAAAGAAAGUAAAUGGUGAAAUUGAACUUUCUAAUUACAACUGUUUUGAUAUUAUCGUUGAUUAAUUUAGCAGGCUUUUGACAACAGGAUUUCAUCAUUCAAUGUACGACCAGAUGUGGCAUAGUGAGUUUAAACUUGAUGAGCGUAAACUAAAUAAGUUUUUAUUUUCUAAUCUAGAUUUCUUAGCUUUUGUCGAACUCUAUCAAGGUUCAGUAACUAUAAACGGGUAGAAAAUCUACAGAUGCCAGGCAUGUUUCUUCCUUACAAUAAAUGAAAAUUGCAAAGUUAGAUUGAAUUUUAUUAAACUACCUGUUUACUAAGAAUGCAAGUCAUCCCUAGGUGACUGUAAAAAAAACUUUCAUCUGUCAAGAUUAAAAUCAGAAUUCUCAAUUGAUUUCACUUAGAUUAAUAGAGAUAAACUUAUUAAAGUGGUUUUAUGCAACUUGAAUAGUCCAGGCAAAUCCUAAGAUAUUUUGAUACUAAUCCUUUAAUAUGAUAAUGAGAUUCUAAUAAGACCUUUGAAUUCCAAUAUGUUUCACGAUUAGUUUACCACAGGAUCAAGUGUUCCUAUGAUACAGUAAAAUGGAUAGAUAAAGGACUCCUAUGAGCUAGUGCAAAUGUUUGUGCUAACACAAGAUAAUAACAAUUAGUAAAAUAUAAAUUUAAUGACUCUAUAACCAAAUUAACUGCCAAAGCUUGAAUCUGUCUUUGAUUUGAAAUCAUCUUCAGUAAAAAGCAUUCAGAGAUUUGAGGAUUUCUUAUUAACAUUGGAUUAAAAUUUACAUAUAAAAAGGUAUAAAUACUCUUGUAGAACAGGAAAAUUAAGAAUGUUUAAAGACUCUGAAUUGAGUGAAGAGGCUUAAACAAUUUUACAAUUCUAUAAUUAUGAUCCCUAACAUAUAGUCAUGUCUGAUGCAGAAGCAUAUAUUGGUCCACAGUUUUAUUAGAGCUACUUUAAUCAAAAUCAAGCUAAAGAUUCAAACUUUUAAUUCGAAUAGUUCAGACAAAAAAAUAUUGACAAGCUACACUCAUCAAACCUUUACUUGGGUCCAAUAAUUAGCUAAGAUGAUUCGAUGAUCCUUUUCUUAAGUGCUUAACUCGAUAAAAAUGCUACAUCUCCCUCUGGUGAAUAGUCAACACUUAAAAAAUCAUUAAUCAGAAAAUCUAAAAGAGAAAGUGUAGAUUUUACCAAAUUUAAUUCGAAAUUCUAAUAAAGGCAUAAGACAAUAUAAUAAAAUCAUAAAACCGUUGGUUUAAAUGCAUAGUAAAAUAUUCGAGAAAGUCAAACUCAAAAAUUUGUUGAUAAGUUUGAUGAAAAUGAUCCUUUGGAAUAUUUAGACAUUAGACAAAUAAUAAUUCACGAAAAGAAGAAAAGUAAUGUACAGAUUAAACUUCCAAAAUAGGAAUCGAAUGUUUAUCCUGAUGAUGACUAUAGGAUUAAAUUUGAAAUUUUAUGUAUUCCGUUUCUGGCUCACAAAACAUUACAAAUUCUACAUAAAGAUAACUAUUUAGUUGAGCAAGUAAAGUUUAGUACAUUUACCUCUAAUGACGAUAUUUUUAUUCAAAUUGGAAAGUAGUUUUAUACUUUUGAUCCUUAUGGAAAUCCAUUGAAAACCAUCAUAUCCCCUGCUGACGAUGAAACGUUAAAAAAUCCUUAAUUAGAAAUGAUAAGAGUAAGCAAAACAUAGAAAAAUGAUGAUGGGUUGACUUUUCUUUUUACUGAUCAUAAGAGGUUUUAUUUAUUUAACCUGCUAAUUGACUCUUCAUUAUAUCACUUUAGAAGGAUCAAAGAUAUUCAAUGUCUAAAGCCAACUGGUUUUAGGGACUAUUUUUUUGAAGGGAAAUAAGAUGUAAGAGGAUAGAUAUUUUAAGUUUUAAUUGAACCUGAAUUUGAGAUUUCGGUCGCAAGUGAUCAACAUAUGUAGCCAUAAAUUAAAAUCUUGAUAGAUGAAUAAAGAUGUUAGAUGCUAGAGGAAAAAUUCUCAGAUAUUCUCUUCGGUAAUAAUUAAAUAGAUAGCAAUCUACAAACAGCCCAAGAUCGAGACUAGGAAUAUAAAAAUGUUAGCCUUGAGGAAAUUAAAGAACAAUAUGAUCUCAAACCAAUUUUAGAAGCCCCAUAAUUGAGAUAUGAUUUCGAACUGAUUCAUCACAAAUAUUUAAUUCUUAAAGCUGGAACUGAUAUCUACUUCUAUAACUUUGUCUCAGCAGAUAAACAGCCUAAUUAAAUAAGAAAGAUAAAUUUAGAAUUAAGAUCUGGAGUAAUUACUUAGAUUUUACAAACAUAAAAGAUAGAUUUACUUUAGUUUGCUUAUGUUCAGUAUUGCCCAACUAAAUAUACCUUUAUUGUCACUUGGGAUUUAGAAACUAAUACUGAGCAUAGUAUGAUUGAAUUUCCAGUUAAUAUUUAAAAGCCUUAGCAAGUUUAGCUUAUUAAAGGUAAUUCAGAAAGAUUAAAUUAUUAUGUUCCUAGCAAGGAAUCAUGCAUUUAUGACUUAAGAUUCAAUUUCCCUCUCAAUUACUUUAAUGGCUUGAGUGCUUGCUUAAAGUUACAAAUGAAACAUUUAGAUGAAAAAACAAAGACUUAAACUUUUAUUAAUAAGAGAACCUCCUAAUUUAGGAUUAGAUCAGAUAAAUAGCCUUAAAUGAAUGAAUUGAAAUUUGGAUCUUUUAACACUAAAAUGCUUGGAAUAAGUAAAUAGUAAUUUGCAACUCUGUAGCUGACUUACUCCUAUCUUGACUUGUAGUAUCUAGAAUAUUUAAUGACAACUUUAAACUCUUAAAAAAUUAAAGAUGAUGGAAAUGACCUAAAAUAUUUGCUCUUAAGGUUCUUAAAAUUCAGAUUGCCUAAUGGAAAUAAUAUACUGCAUCUUAUGGCAACCAAUGAAGAAUUUCUCCAAAUUUUCAUCAAGGAUGUUGAAUACCUAAUAAAUGAGUUAGAUUACAAGGAGACAGAACAAUUUUUUUUCUUGGCUGUUUAUCCAAAUAAUACGGGUGAUACUCCUUUAGAUUUUGCUAUUCAUGAUCACACUCCAAGAUGUAUUGAGCUAAUUUUAGAUAUGCUAGCUUCGAAACCUAAAUAUAAUUACUCUUGA